GUACAGUCCGGAACUUGAACCAUUGUGCGGGAAGCUGUUGAAGCAGUUGAAGCUGUUUAUCAUGGAUGUGUUCUGCUGACGGAGUGUUUAUAAAACCAACGUGUUACUUCACUAAACUACAGUGGCUCCAAAUGAGUGCCAAAAAGGGCAGAGGAGCCAGAGAGCUCACGGUGCCACAACUUGAGAUGAGACAAAAAGGUUCAUCUAAUGAUAAUGCGGAUUCUCCCAACCUGUCUGCUAUAGAGAGAGCUAGCUUCCUGGAGGGACUGCAGCAGAAUUAUGGUAACCCUCUGCACAGCACCGCCAUGGAGGAAGAUUUAGGCAUCUUAGAGGAGGAAGGGAUGAACGGAGGAAAGGCCGGGAGAAAGGAGAUUCCUCAGACGACGAAGACUACUGUUAAACAGCGUGGAGCUGCUGCGAAGAGCAAGCAGACAGAGAGCGAUGGAGAGAAUGAGGAGGAAGAGGAGAAGAAAAAGGACAAACAGAUGAACAGAGGAAAAGCUGAAAGAAAGGAGAUUCCUCAGACGACGAAGACUAUUGUUAAACAGCGUGGAGCUGCUGCGAAUAGCAAGCAGACAGAGAGCGAUGGAGAGAAUGAGGAGGAAGAGGAGAAGAAAAAGGACAAACAGAUGAACGGAGGAAAAGCUGAGAGAAAGGCGAUUCCUCAGACGACGAAGACUACUGUUAAACAGGGUGGAGCUGCCGCGAAGAGGAAGGUGACAGAGAGGGAUGGACAGAAUGAGGAGGAAGAGGAGAACAAAAAGAGGAGCAGGAGAAGUGCUGGAGGGACGUCUGCAGCAGGGCUGGUGAAAAAUCAGCAGAUGAAGAAAGGCAAAAAGAGCAAGAGUGGAUCGGGAAGUGGAAUGUCCAGUGACCCUGAGCCACACGGGAAAUCUGACUGUGGCACCGCCCAGCAGAAACGCAAGAAAGUCCUGUCCUCGGAGGAGGAGGGGGAUGAAGACCAGAGCUGGUGCCCAAGUCCAAAGAAGGCCAAAUUGUACAGUUUGGGCGGAACCAGAAAGUCUUCGUCUGAUAAGUUUGAAUCUAGAAAGUCUUCAUCAGGCAGUGCAUCUGCAGAACCAGAGAAGGCAGACACCGAUAAGCAGAGGAGGAAGAGACGAGGUGGUGUGGGAGGAACACAGUUAGAGGUGGUGCUGGAUGCCUUCCUAGAGUUCUGUGACCAGUACAGGGAGUCUGUGGAGUCUAACGUAGUCAAACAGUCCAUCGAUUCUUUCUCCUCCAAUGUGGAAGAACAACUCAUGGAAAAGAUCUCUUCCUCCAAGGAGCUCAAAGUUCUGAAAAGGGAAAACGGCAAGGUGGGUUCUUUGAUCCAUAAAAAGACACAGAGACUAUUGGAUGCCAAACAUGAGCUGAUGAGGGCAGAGAGGCAGGUGUGGACGCUGCAGAAGGAGAAAGCUGAACUUAAAGUCCGAUUGGCUGAUCUGAGACGAGGCCAAGCCUUUCUGCACGACAUCAGAGAGCUCAACAGACAAUACCUGGACUACCGACACAAACACCCCAAAGAGAAAGAGACGUAUGGGGCGCCCAGCCUGCCUGCUCUGCUAUUGGAGACCAAGCAUAUGCAGGCAGCAGAGCAUCAGAGAGGAAUCAAUAACCCACUCAAAAGAAGACUGAAGAAGAACAAGACUCGGAAAUAAUGCCCCC